CCCAUCAGUGAUGACUGAAGGUCCAACAGAAGACCCUACAUUGCUGAAAAAGUUGGAAGGGGUCAAGAUAUCCGACGAGCCAGCAAUGGAAGCGGCAGGUCCAUCAAAAGUUAAAGAGCCGACAGAAGUUAAGCUUCAGGACAAGUCACCAAUAGAAUUCAAGUUUCCAAGAGAGUUAAACAACGUCCUUGUCGACACACGGAGACUGCAUUUAUUCGAUAGGUAUGACUGGUAUAGGUAUCACAAUCGACAUGGAAAUAUCGAUCGCAACCUAAAGCUUGAACAACAUACUACCGAGAUCUCUGUUAUUGAAUAUGGAAACGAGGUUCCUGUGUCUAUGUCUUGGACUAUCGAUGGCGAUGGAACUUGGAUAGUACUUAAACGCGGAUUACCAUUAAAUCUUCUGAUCUCUGCACUGGUUCCACUGUGUCAUGAAGUGGAACAUAUUACCAUUGGCUAUUGCGAAGAUAUGUACAUCCAUGCGCAUGGAACAAUUAAGCCUUUCAUUCCAAUGAGGUCUGUCCUCACCGUUUGCCUUUAUUUAAGAUAUUCGCUUGCAUCACUCCAAGUUAUCUUGCAGACUAUCAGUAAUUGCUUUCCAAACGCAACGAAUCUGGAGCUGAAAUCUAUGUAUCAGGAAUUUUCACGCACUCACGGAUACCAUUUCGAUACCACGCAGAGUUCAUUGAAAAACUUGAAAUUAGACUUAUGUAACCUCACUGACUGCGGUACUCUGGACAACCUCUUCCUUUCCAUAUCUUCUUCCUGUCAAAACAUUGAAUCACUCACCGUCACAAGUUCUGAAACCCUUAAAUGGGACAAGUCAAGCAGAGACAUUACAGCAUGUAAAUUACCUUAUCUGACAAAUAUCCAUCUUGAAUCUCGUUGGCUUGAAGAGCACUAUGCACUUCAAUUUUUAGCAGACUUACUACAUGUAGGUCGUGUGAUGAGUCCUAGUUUGAAUUUGGUCAAAGUAGAAAGUGUACAGUUAAAGGAUAUAGUAAUGAAGAGUGUUGAAUGGUCCCGAACAUCUACAGAUUGUGGGUUGCAAAUUAAAGGUGCAGCAGCGGCUGUACCCAUAACUGAGUUAAUUGAUCUUACAACAAGUGACCUUCAAGAGAUUACUGUCCUUACAUUUGACAGCUGCAAGAUUGAUAAUUUCGGUCAUUGCUUACAUCAGUCCCCGCAAAGCCCGAAAGAAAGUGGUACGCUUCGGGAAAUCAGAAUCUUUGGUUCAAAAAGCCCACUUUCCGAAUCUGACAGGGAAAAACUUUCAGAGGUGUAUCCUAAUGUCAAAGUGACUGAAAAACCCGGGAGUCAGGAAUCAUCUGGAGAAUCUCACGAGGGUGCAAGGAUACCUUCCAAUUUAGACGAGUCCUUGUUCCAACCAUCCCAAACCUCUUUAAUAGGUAAGUUGAUAUUGAUUUUUUUCUUGGUAAUCACUACAUAA